AUGGCCAGUGAAAAAAGUAAUGAAGAAAUAGGAAACAUGCCAAUCAUACCGGACUACCUAUUCUCCAACAUCCUGAAUUACACUAAUUUAAUUCGCGAUAAUGCCACCAAAUACGCGCCCACCUCACUGAGUCCUCUACAAAGAAAAUACGAAAACCUGGAAGAGGACACUGGUCCUGUAGGGGCCUUACUGGCAUCCAAGGCUUUUGUACAAUUGGCCUUUACACCAUUAGUGGGAUAUUUGACGCAAGUUUUUGAUUGCAGCCUUCCUUUACUUGUUGGAUCUUGCAAUAUGUUAGUUGCAGCGAUAUGUAAGCUUAUCUAA